AUGCAUUCUCCUUCCUCUGACGAAGUUGAUCAACCGCCCUCCCAAAUGCUGAUAAAUCAACUCACCUCGCUGCUUGCCGCGAGAGAACGCGAACUGGAGCGUGUGUCCCAGGAUUGCACUCGCCAGACGGCUGCCCCGCGCUCCAUGGAAGCCCAGUAUCGUGUUGCGAAGUCUUGCGUGCAUUCUGAAAAGGUGCGGAAAGAGGAAUGCCAGGCUAGCCUGCAGCGCCAAAUCAGCCUCCAAGAAUGUUUGCAGCGAGAGCAUGAGACGGAGCUGUCUCUCCUCCGUGCGUAUCUCGACGACAAGCAAGACACGAUCGCCCGGCAUGCAACUCCUCGUUCUCCUGCUUGCGCCCGACCUGUGACCCCUCUCGUCUUCCUUCCCCUCGCCUGCUUACUCCUCGUGAUCAUGGAUGUGGCUACCAUCCUCCGUUCCUUUGCCAGUCAGGAGACACCCUCGGUGGCCGUUCUGCAAGCUCUGAAUGAUGAGCUAACACUGAGUCUACCUUCUGAUCCUGCCGUUGCCGCCGGUCCGCAGCUUUCGGAACCCCGGACUUCUGAUGCGGAGGACGCCCCAAUGCUCGCAGAGCUACCAGCCCCCAGCCCUGCAGACUCAGCCCUACCCCGCACCUCUGAUCAACCUGCAGCUGAGCCAUCGCCCGCAGGACCGGUCCUCGGACACGGCUCGACCCAGGAGACAAGCUUAGCCCGGGAGAAGGCCUCUGAUCUGGAGGUGGCAGACCCGCCAUCUGACCUGACCGCUCCGCUGCCAAUCCAGAGCGUAUUACCUGCCCCGCCUUCGUCCUCUGGUGAUCAGCCCCCGGACUCACUGGUUCCCUCUGCCCCUCCUCUUCUUGCGCCUCCGAGCUCGACCCUGCCGACUCUGGAGCUGCCAUCCGCAGACCUGGCCUUUGAGGCUUCUUGGAGGCUUCCCUCAGAGAUUGACCCGGCCUACGCAUCCGCUGCCGACCCAUCUCCUAUCUUUCGUAGGGUCGAUUUCUACGGGGACUUGGCUACCUCCUGGCAAUCAGCCAAUCGGCAGUUCUGGGAGAGCAAUUCCCCUUUGGAGGAGCUUGAUCAAAUUGCUCGCUCCCUGGUAGCGACCUGCUCCGCGAGUCUGAGCGCAGUGCAACGAGCAGCCGAGCUUCAGCGAGAGAACGCGGCGCUUAAGGCGCGGCUUCGGGAGCUGGAACACCUUACGGCUUCCUCAGCUCCUCCUGAGCCUUCUCUCGGAAGCUUAGAUGCUUAUCUGCGUGCCGUCGGAGAAUCUGCGGCCUCUGCUCGGGCCAUUUCCCAUGCCGCCUUCGAUAAACUUCAACAGUUGGAGGCGGCUUUGAAAACAAGUGAGUCUUCCUUGGCUUCGGAAGCGGAUCGUCAUCAGGCGACCCUUUCUGAGCUGAAAGCCAAAGAGGCAGAGCUGCUCUCCCAAUCAGAGGAGUUGACACUGCUACGGCAAGGUCAGGAGCUUCUGCAGACGGGGUUGGCCGAUGCCCAGGCCCUAGCUAGUGCUGCCGCUGGCCGAGAAGCAACCAUGUGGACCCAGUGGGAAGCUUGUCAAGCCACUCUCCAAUCCUUGCAAGCGGAGUUAUCGAAGGCCCAGGAAGCAGUGUCUCAGGGCCAGAGCGACUUGUCCGUGGCACGCGCUGAGGCUGCGGAGAACAAGAAUAGUUUGGAGCUUGCUCUUGCUUAUUUUGCCUUUGUUACGUCGCUCUCCUCCCAAUAG